AUGGAAGAAAUUGAAUUCACAAAUUUAAACUCGGUCACCGAGAAAACUGCAGACCCAGCGGACCCAUCGCACGCAGGAGCUGAGCGGGGCGGUGGCUCGCUUCAGGGGCCCAGGCUUCCGGCCCAGCGGCGGCUGCAGGGCGCCCAUGGACACGCAGGGGCCAGGCAUCGCCUGGGACAGGCUUCUCCACUGAUAAUACUCGCUGCUCAGCUGAAACCCAAGUGCAACUGUCCCAGCCCCGGACCAGGAGCCCACAGCUCCCGGGGCCGCCCUGUCCCGGGGCCGCCUGUCCCGGGGGCCGUCUGUCCCGGGGGCCGCCUGUCCCGGGGGCCGCCUGUCCCGGGGCCGCCCUGUCCUGGGGGCCGCCCUGUCCCGGGGCCGCCCUGUCCCGGGGGCCGCCCUGUCCUGGGGGCCGCCCUGUCCCGGGGGCCGUCUGUCCCGGGGGCCGCCCUGUCCCGGGGCCGCCUGUCCCGGGGGCCGUCUGUCCUGGGGGCCGCCCUGUCCCGGGGCCGCCCUGUCCUGGGGGCCGCCCUGUCCUGGGGCCGCCCUGUCCCGGGGGCCGCCUGUCCCGGGGGCCGCCUGUCCCGGGGCCGCCCUGUCCUGGGGGCCGCCCUGUCCCGGGGCCGCCCUGUCCUGGGGGCCGCCCUGUCCCGGGGCCGCCCUGUCCUGGGGGCCGCCCUGUCCCGGGGCCGCCCUGUCCUGGGGGCCGCCCUGUCCCGGGGGCCGCCUGUCCCGGGGCCGCCCUGUCCUGGGGGCCGCCCUGUCCCGGGGCCGCCCUGUCCUGGGGGCCGCCCUGUCCCGGGGGCCGCCUGUCCCGGGGCCGCCCUGUCCCGGGGGCCGCCCUGUCCCGGGGCCGCCCUGUCCCGGGGGCCGCCUGUCCCAGGGCCGCCCUGUCCCGGGGGCCGCCUGUCCCGGGGCCGCCCUGUCCUGGGGGCCGUCUGUCCCGGGGGCCGCCCUGUCCCGGGGGCCGCCCUGUCCUGGGGCCGCCCUGUCCCGGGGGCCGCCCUGUCCCGGGGGCCGUCUGUCCCGGGGGCCGCCUGUCCCGGGGGCCGCCCUGUCCCGGGGGCCGCCUGUCCCGGGGGCCGCCCUGUCCCGGGGGCCGCCUGUCCCGGGGGCCGCCUGUCCUGGGCGCUGCGGCCUGUGCGCCUGUGA